AUGCAGACCCCAGAGGAAAUAGACAGGGAGAACAGAGAUAGAAGAAAUGCAUAUAAUCAGGAGAAAUAUCAAAAGGCGCUUAAAGACCCCGAAGCAAGAAAAGCGCUGAGAGAGAGGAAGAACAAAAGUGCACGGGAUAUAAAGGAAGCGCUGCGUAGGAACCACCCCGAAGCAGCGGAAGCAAAAAGACUGGAAUACAAUAGAAUGCAGCGGGAAAGACGUGAAGAUCCCCAGAGCAAGGCAAAGACAGCUCUUUAUGAUGUAGAAUAUAGGAAUCCGCUGAACAACCCUGAACUAGGGAAAAUCCGCCGGGAGCGGAUAGCAAGUAAUGGUAGGAAGAGUUAUCAUGAAAGAUCGGGAGAAAAUCAAGCAGCAGUAUCCGAGAGCAACGAUGGCUCCGCAUUGCUUACAAGCGAGGAUUAUUCCGCAGAUACGGGAUGGUCUGACGACGAAGAAUUCUCAAAAUUAACGCUGUCGCAUCCUCAUCCUUCUGCAAGCCCUGGCGUGUAUGAAUCUGCAGAAGUCGCAGCAUCGUUUCCGACAAACGAAGGCAAUUCACGUUUGCCUGCGACCGACUCUGGAUUUGCAUCGUCGAGACACGAAAAUCAAUACCCGCCGCCUAACAGAAAUAGUACCGCAGAAUCCGAAAGCAGGGACAAUUACGCAUCACCUGAAACCGAUUUAUACUCUGCAUCGCCUAAAAACAAGUACUAUUCCCGAGAAACUGGCAAACACAGUCCCGCAGGAUCAAAAAGCGGACAUGUUUACACACCACCUGCAACCGCGUCACACCCUGCACCACCUGUACAAAGCUAUGACUCUACAUUGAAUACGACCAAGUAUGCUUCUGGAGAACCCAUUUGGGCCUAUGAAAAUAAAACUGAUCAAGAGCUCAGUGUACCGUCGGUUAAAAUUCGGGAUCGUGAGGGUGUAUGGUGGCCAAUCAGUCAUCCUAGAUUCACAGACCGAAGCCACGAAUAA